UCUUAAUUUCAAGAUUUAUGUACAUAUGUCUCAUCAAGAACUAUAUCAAUUAAAAUUUCACUCUGUAGUGCAGUUGUAUGUAUAUACAAUUAGCUAAAGUUUUGCAGUGGUGCAUCCCUGAAAAACUAUUAAAAAUCAUGGAUCCGAAAUUUUGGUUGUAUCUUUCUCUCUUCAUCUCAAGUUUAAUCUGUCAGUUGCAAACUUUCAUUGUUCACACGAUUAAAACACUUCCUCGAGACUUAACGGCUUUGUACCGAAUUCACAAAGUGAAACUUUGGUUGACUUGGUUCAAACUGAGAAAUGUGACAGUGGGUCAAUUAUUCGAUGACGUAGUGAAAGAAUGUCCAGACAAAAUUUGCUUCUAUUUCGAAGCAGAGAAAUGGACAUUUUCUCAGGUUCAAGAAUAUUCUUAUAAAGUUCAAGCAUACUUUUUGGAAAAGGGAUUUCAAAAAGGUGACUGCAUCGCUUUGAUGAUGUCAAAUAGACCUGAGUUUGUCUGUCUGUGGUUAGGAUUGAGCAGAAUUGGAGUAAUCACGAGCUGGAUCAAUGUCAAUUUGAAACAAGACUCUCUCAUCCACUGCUUAAAAAUUGGAAAUACAAGGGCAGCAAUCAUCGGGGAGGAAUUCUUCAAAGAUAUUUCAGCAAUCUAUCCAACCACAACUAAUUUCCUUCCAGAUAACUUUGUAUGGUUUAUGUUCAACAAGUUGAAACCGUCAUCAAAGACUAAUAAGAAACCAAUUUCUCCCCGUAUCAUCAAAACCACGCCAAAAAAUCUAAACGAAAUUUCUCAACUAGAGGAUAAUACCACUCCCACAAAUAAGUUUUGUCCAAUACAUUUGCUACCCGAACUGGUGGAGAUUUGCUAUAAAAAGCCCUCUUAUAAAAAGAAAGUUCACUUUGACGAUGUGCUAUGUUACGUUUUUACAUCUGGCACUACAGGUUUGGCGAAGGCGGCUUUGAUGACCCAUUCAAGAAUGAUUGCAAUGGUAUAUGGUCCAAAUUAUAUGAUCGGCUUACAGAGCGAAGAUAUCCUUUACACGCCUCUUCCUCUGUACCACGUUCAAGGAGGGAUUUGUGGCGUUGGGCAAGCACUUCUAUUCGGACUGAGUCAAGUUAUGGUCCCAAAAUUUUCAGUUUCGCGAUUUUGGCAAGACUGUGUCAAGCAUAAUGCAACCGUUGCUCAAUAUUUGGGAGAAGUUUGUCGAUAUCUUUUAAAACAUUCUUCCCCUCUUGAGAGAGCGCAUUCGGUCAAAAUUUUGUUUGGAAAUGGAAUGAAAACCGACAUUUGGAAGACAUUCUUGAAUAGAUUUAAUUAUCCGGUGAUUGCAGAAUUGUACGGAGCUUCGGAAGGAAAUUGUCAGCUGGGAAAUUUUGAAGGAGUUAUUGGAUCAUGUGGGUCAAGUCUGUUUGGGCUUAUGGGUCACCUCUUCCCCCCUGCCAUAGAAUUAUUCAAAGUUGACCAGGACACUGGUGACCUGCUUCGAGAUCCUGACACCGGAUUAGCCCUGCCUUGCGAAGUGAACGAGCAUGGGGAAUUAUUGGGACUGAUUUCGGACGGACCAUUACGUGAAUUUCUUGGGUACACUGAUCAUGAAGCCACAAAGGACAAGGUUGCUUUCGAUAUAAAGUGCAGUGGAGAUCGGUAUUUCAGAAGUGGAGACAUUAUGUAUCUGGAUAAUCUCAAUUAUUUCCACUUUGUCGAUCGACUGGGUUCAUCGUUUCGUUGGAAGGGAGAAAAUGUGUCGUCGGAAGAAGUCACGAUUGGUCUCGGUCGAAUUGUGGGAUUGGACAAGGACAUUGUCACAUUUGGAGUCUCGAUACCGCAUACUGAUGGAAAUGCUGGGAUGACAGUGAUUGCCGUGAAUUCGAUCGAUCAGAAGAAGAUAUCGGAUCUAGUUACGCGUAUAAAUUCUCGUGUGAAUGAAGUCCUGCCGUCAUAUGCGAGACCAAUUUUCAUCCGCUUUGUUGGUGACAUUGACGCAACAGGAACUUAUAAACUGCAGAAAUUGGCGUUACAAAAGGAUGGUUAUGAAAUUUCAAGUAUUGCAGACCCAUUGUACUUCUUUUCAGAGGGGAAAUAUACAGAAUUUACAAAAGAAUUGUAUGAAAAAGUGAUGCAUGGAAUGUUAAGAUUCUAAUUCUGCAUGGUUUGUAUACAUGUUUGAUUGAUUAUCAUCAUUUGAUACUGGUAUUUAACUCUGCAACUAUUAUCUUAAGCAUAUUCUAUGAUUAUGCAUUGUUAUCAAAUAUGCAGGUUUAAUCUUUAACUCGUUAUUGUCUCUGGUAAUCUUAAAUCAUUUGUUCUACUCACAACUAUCUAAUCUGCGCCUGAUAAUGUUAUUUGAAAGCUUAACCAAAAAAUUAAAACAUUAACUCUGGAUUCGACAGUUGUCACUUAUUAUUUAUUUCUGAAUAAACUGUGAAAAGUGAAAACAUGAAACUGUCAAUAUUACUCAUUUUGUUCAUAACGACUUGUUGGAUUAAGGACACAACCCAGCAGUCAUACCCACCUGGGAAGGAAACUCUUUAUUAUGGAUUCUUCUUCGACGAAAUUGUCGCAACUUCCCUUAAAAACGUGACAGAAACUUACUUUGCUGCUUGCGUCGACAAAAUCCCAGAGUUUAAAGAGUUUAUGGAAUCAGUAAUUCAAAACACAAGUGUGACCGAUAUUUACAAAUACUUUGUCAAACCAUUGGAUCCGAACGAACUAAUCUUCGACCCCUUUUACCACGUCACAGCAAAAUAUUGUGGGGACGAUGAUUGUUCUCAGUACAAAAGUCUUGUCGAGUCUCAUUUGAAUCAUAACUUUGAAAUGCAACUUGUCGGCUAUUACAUGACUCGUCGAACAUUUGGUGUGAGGGUUAAUCUGACGUUGGAACAGGAAGACGUGUAUGAUAACUAUGGUACGAAAAGGACGGAAUAUUUCGAAUUGACGCGAGGAAUUAGAGUACCAAACCGCCCUUCAGCCUUACCAGGAAUAAGAUUGGAGAAUAUCCCACCCCCAAUCGAUUUCAAUCCCACCAACAACAUAGCUCAUAUCACGCUUGGCGUUGCCCCAAAAAUCUCCGCUGUCACGACUGGAACAGAUCUGAGGGAAAUACUUGUUUUUGAGAAAAAUGCAAGCUUUCCUGCCAACCGUUUUCCUAUCGAAAUGGACAAGGAAGGAGAUUUGCAAGGAACGACUGCAACUGUGGUCCAGUACGCGGGGGGUGAAGAAUUUGGGGACGCCUUUGUUGUCUAUCCUUCCGUAAAAGUUUUAGCAAAUGCAAACUUUGAAGCUUAUUUGAAACCCAGGUCGUCGUCGUCGUCUGUGCUAACUGCCUCGUCUUUAAUGUUUUUGAUGACUUUAUGUACUUUAGUCUAAUGGUAGAUAGUGGUUUUUACUGGGGGGGAUAUUUACUAAUUAGUAAGCACUUUAAGAAUAAUGCUGGAUUUGAAAUUUUAAUUAAGUAUGAAGGCUAUUUAUUGGCAUCAACUAUCAACUACAUAAAAAUCUGCCAAUAAAAACUUUGGUCACCAAAUAUUUGACAAAAUAUCAUU